GGUGCAGACUGCUGCUCUUGCUUUGGUUGUGGUGGUGCUGUAUUUGUUGCUGAUGCUGCUGAUGUUUGAAGCACUAGUGCUGUAUACGGUGUUUUGUUGUGGAGGCUGCUUGUCGAAGUACGCGUUUCCUCCUCAUGCUGUGGUGGACUGUGCGUGUUGUGCCGUAAUUGUGCUUCUGACGACAGAGCACCUCUGAUUCAAAUAAAAGCCGAGGAUCAGGAGAUCCGACCCGAUGUUGAGUGCGUUAUGUGUGGCGCGACCCACUCGUCCCAUUGGGCCGUCGAUGAGGGCGGGAAUACUCUGUGUAAAAUGUGCGCUCAGUGCGCGCCCCCUCGGAGUGAAUCCGAUUGGAAUUCUCGCGAGAAACGCAACGGAGGAUCUGCGGGUAUGGUUUGCCACAACUGCAACACGACAACCACGACACUAUGGCGGAGGAACAUCGAGGGUUUCCCCGUCUGUAAUGCAUGUGGCCUCUACUAUAAGCUGCACAAUACGAACCGACCGCUGGCUCUCAAGAAGAAGGACAUUCAAACUCGUCGCCGGAAAAGCGGUGGAGGUCAACUGAAAAAGAAAGAUCUCCCAGCUUCUUCGGGCAUCAUCAAUGUCGGCGGUGGAAGUUCCCUCGGAGACCGGGUCCCUCCUAUUCUAAAUCCCUCACUCCUCACGGCCUCCAUGGGAGCCGCUUGGCAGAUGCUCGGACAGAAUAUGGCGUUGCAGACAUCAUUGCAGAAUCUGAAUCAGAGCCUCCAGAUUCGGCCCAUAUCGAGUCCGCAGCCCUCACAACAAAGACAGCUCAUGGUCCAAGUCGCCGGCAAUCAGACUCCGCAACACAGUCGAAGUCAAUCUCCAUCAGACAGACUCGUUAUUGCCAUGCCUUCAAACAGUCAAUCCGCGCUGAGUAUAUCGCAGUCUUCAAACGAAGAUCUAUGA